GUGACGGCGCGUUUCCCCCCCCGGGGGAGCUGGGUUGGGGCGGUAAACGCUGCCUCGACCGCUUAUAUUUCAGGCGCGGGGCUGCUGGCUCUGCCCCGGCCAGGGCACACAGGCAGCCCAUUGUUGAAGCCCCUUCGGCGGCGGCGAGGAGCAGGUGCUGUUGAUGGCGACGAUGACGAUGCAGCUGGGUGGGCUGUUGCUGGCGGCGCUGGGCUGGCUGGGCUCCAUCCUCACCUGCGCACUGCCCAUGUGGAAGGUGACGGCCUUCAUCGGCUCCAACAUCGUGGUGGCCCAGGUCUUCUGGGAAGGGCUGUGGAUGAACUGCGUGUACGAGACCACGGGGCAGAUGCAGUGCAAGGCCUACGACUCCCUGCUGGAGCUCACCUCGGACCUGCAAGCAGCUCGCGCCUUGGUGGUCACCUCCAUCUUCGUGGCCCUCUUUGCCUUCCUCACGGCCAUCUCGGGCGCAGACUGCACCCGCUGCGUGGACGACAAGGAUGCCAAGACCAGGAUCUCCAUCGUGGCAGGUGCCAUCUUCGUCCUGGCCGGCAUCAUGCUGCUCAUCCCUGUCUCCUGGUCUGCCAACAGCAUCGUCACCAACUUCUACAACCCCAUGGUGCCCGCAGCCCUCAAGCGGGAGCUGGGGGCUGCCCUCUACAUCGGCUGGGCUGCCAGUGCCCUCCUGCUCUUUGGUGGGGGCAUCCUGUGCUGCUCAGGACCCCCGUCCCAGCAGGACACCUAUCCCAAGGUGUACAGAGCGGUGAAGGGCUGCAGCCCCAUGGCUUACCCCAUGAAGGACUAUGUGUGAGCCGCCACGGCCACUGCCAGCUCACGGAAGAGCACCACCGUCCUGCCCCCCCGCCACUCGCUGCCUCCCCCUGCCCGCCCCCACACCGGCUGCACCCCCAGCACCAUCCUCCCAUCCCUGCCCUUCCCCGCUCGCGGGCGCUGCGCUCGCCAUGGACGAUAAACAUCUUGGUGCCACCGA